AUGGAGGUCGCCUCUCCCGGGGUGCCGAAUGGCGUCCCUCCGCCAGAGGCGCUGGCCGUGGUGGAUUCCGGCGCACUCAUCCAAUACCUGACCGAAGUCCUCCGGGUGACACUGGGGGCGCAAGAGUCCGACUUGGAAAGCGCUGGGAGCCUGCUAUCGCCGGAACGGCACCACGAGACCGUGCAGCGAUGCACGCGAUUUGCAGCCGAAUCCCAGGUGGCACUCUAUGUGCAGAAGGAUAUUCUCCCUGCCGAAGAGACAAAUGGCGAAAUUGACGGCCAAGAGCCGUUUGUACACUAUAUCUACACCCUCUCCUCUGAGAUCUCGUCCGCCUCUACCACUGUUGCAUCCAUGGCCUUCAUCAAGCGUCCCGCUCCCAUCGACCAGUCCCUCCCGAUCUCCUCGCAGAUUCAGGUCAUGAAUCUCCCCGGUCUCGCCUCCCUCAGCAAUGCCCAGGCCCAGCAGGGUACCUCCAUGUCUCCAUAUCAGAUUCUCCAUCUGCUGGUCCAUCAUGGCCUCAGUCCCUACUUCGAAGCCUAUACUCGCAACCAAGAAUCGGCCGUGGGUACGAAACCGAGAACGGACACGGAGGCCAAGACCGGUAUCCCGGGCACGAAGAAGAAGUUUGCUGAGCUGGAGCUGGGUCUCAUGCACCUUCAGCAGAACGUGGAGAUUCCGGCUCUGAAUCUUCCGCUGCACGAGGUGGUGCAGAAUACGUUGAAGGAGGCCGAGGUGAAGGGCCUGAAGCCGUCUGUUGAGAUGAUCGCCCCCGAGUUCUUGGAUAACAGCGCGUUCACGAACAGCAUCCAGAACUGCGUGAAUGGUUGGAUUAAGUCGAUUCAGGCCAUUACCAAGAUGUCCCGGGACCCAGACAGCGAGUCGGCAUCACCAGAAGUCAAUUUCUGGCUGUCGAUGGAGUCGGCUUUGGAAGGAGUCCAGGCUCAGUUGGAAACCGACGGCGUCAAGUUGACUAUGGACAUCCUCCGCCAUGCGAAACGGUACCAACCGACACUCAGUUUCGCCGCGGAUACCGGGCUGAAAGAUGCCACGGAGCUAGUCCAGAAAUACAAUCAACUGAUGCGUGACUUCCCGCUGGACGAGCUAUUGUCUGCCACCUCGCUCCAGAAGGUCCAGGAGUCCUUGAUGCUCAUUUUCGACCAUCUGAACCGGAAGCUCAAGAUUUGUCCGUAUCCCAUUAAGCGGGCACUGUCGCUUGUCGAGGCGAUCUCGGGCGAUCUCGAGAAGAAGAUUCACGAGCUGAUCAACGGCCGCACGGUCCUGCAUUUGGACUACCGCGAGUUCCGUUCCCUGAUGAAGAUGACACAGGCCAUCUGGCGCACAUGGGAUGACAAGCUGAAGGAGUUCACCAAUGUUGCGCGUGAAGCGACCCGGCGUCGAAAUGAGAAGUUCAUCCCGAUUAAGAUCAACGCCCGCCAUGACAAGACCCGCGAGCGGCUAAAGUACAUCGACACAUUCCGCGUCAACCAUGAACAGCUGCAGAAGACCAUUACCAAUGUGCUUGGCCCGAAGACUUCCUCGUCUGCAGCGGCUGGCGCUUUGAUGGACUCCGAUGAGGCUGUCAUUGUCGAGGAGAUCGGUGAUGUCGACGCCGUGGAAGAGGUUUCUCAGGCAUACGCUGCCCUCAAGAAUGUUGACGUGCUGGAUGUCUCACCAGAAGGGUCUCGUAUCUGGGAACAAGAGGAGAUCGCCUACAGUGAACGGACCUCGCGCGUCGAGAACUCCAUCAUCGCUCGUCUGCGAGAUCGUCUCGCGACUGCCAAGAAUGCGAACGAGAUGUUCCGGGUGUUUUCCAAGUUCAACGCCCUUCUUGUCCGCCCGAAGAUUCGAGGUGCGAUUGGCGAGUACCAGACGCAACUGAUCGAUAAUGUCAAGCGAGACAUCAACAACCUUCAUGAGCGCUUUAAGCAGCAGUAUGGCCACUCAGAAGCUCAUGCCAUGGCCCAAUUGCGUGACCUGCCCCCCGUCUCUGGUGCUAUCACCUGGGCUCGUCAGAUUGAGCGACAACUUGACGGCUACAUGCGCAAGGUUGAAAACGUGCUUGGAGAUGACUGGCACUUGCACUCCGAAGGCCAGAAACUGCAGGCCGAGGGCAGUCUUUUCCGCAAGAAGCUUGACACUCGACCAGUUUUCGAGUCGUGGCUAUCCGACGUCCAAAGACGCCACAUCACGAUCUCCGGACGCCUCUUCAAUAUCGUUCGCAACCGCGCCGCCGGAAACACGCUGGAAUUGACGGUGAACUUUGAUGCUCAGAUCAUUGCCCUGUUCAAGGAGGUCCGCAACCUUAUCUGGCUCAACUUCCAGGUUCCUCAUGCCGUCAACAACACCUCCAAGGAAGCCAAGCGCGUCUAUCCAUAUGCCAUCAGCCUCAUGGAGAGUGUGCGAACCUUGUUGCAGACAUAUCGCACGAUCUCUUCCAUGACAGACGUCGCCAUCCUCCUUAACGGCUAUUUGAAUGACUCGCAAGCCAUGGUCGUCAAAGGUAUCCCGCUCCGAUGGGAAUCGUUUGUCCAUUCCUACGAGCUGCACGUCAAGCAGUCGGCAUUGGCCAACGGUUCUAUCGAUGCUACCAUGCCUAACCGAUCCGAGAGCAAGCAUGUUCAGUUUGUUCGCGAGUUUGCUGGUUCGGCCUCCGUUCUCCAAUCCAAGACCUCCGUCCUCUCGUCCAUCAACGAAAGCAUCCAAAAGUCUAUCCACGAGCUCAAAACUUGCCCCUAUGAGGCUGGAGCAUUCAAGCAACGGCUGGAUACCAUUCAGGUCUCUGUGGAUAAGCUCAACUUGGAGAACUACGUCAAUCUUGGCUACUGGGUUUCGGAACUCAAUGAGAAGAUCGAGGCAAUCCUUCGCGAGCGACUCCACCGUGCGAUCCGCGAGUGGGUCAGGACCUACCAGGAGGCCCAGAACGAGCAGUCUACGCCUGUCCAUCCCAUGACCGGUGAACCCGAGACCACGAUCUACAAGAUCGAGUUCCCGGAACUCUUCCAUGAGAUCUCCAUGAAAAAUCAAGUUCUUCACCUUGACCCACCACUUCAAUUCGCCCGUGCGAGCUGGUUUUCGCAUUUCGAUACAUGGCUUGGCGUCAUCUGCAACCUUGAAAAGAUCAAAUCCUCUCGAUACCAGAUCUCCAUCGACGUACAAGCCACUCGCCAGUCGGAAGCCUGCUUUUCGAAUCUCCCGCAGGGUUGCACCCAGGAAUUGAACCAAGUCUACGGGGUUGUCGAAUCCAGACUCAAGGAAGUUUCCGACUACGUCGACAAGUGGCUGCAGUUCCAGUCUCUUUGGGAUUUGCAAUCCGAGCAAGUAUACGACAUUCUGGGUGACGAUCUGUCUCAGUGGCUCCAGCUGCUUCAGGAGAUCAGAAAGAGUCGGGCCACCUUUGAUACCUCCGAGGUCGGUCGGACAUUCGGCAAUAUUCGCAUCGACUACGAGCAAGUCCAGACUAAAGUCAAUGCCAAAUAUGAUCAAUGGCAGCAUGAGAUCCUGCUCAAGUUCGGUGCCAAGCUUGGCAGCCGCAUGAGGGAGGUUCACUCUGAGAUCGCCGCAGCUCGUCGUGACUUGGAAGGUCAAACCCUGGAGGCUUCCUCGACGGCACACGCAGUGUCCUUUAUUACCAUUGUACAGCAAUGCAAGCGGAAGACUCGUGUCUGGGAACCAGAGGUUGAUCUCUUCCGCCAGGGUCAGACGACGCUCUCCCGCCAACGUUAUCAGUUUCCCAGCGACUGGCUCCAUGUCGAAAAUGUUGAUGGCGAAUGGGCGGCGUUGAACGAACUGCUUACUCGCAAGAGCAAGAUUGUCCACGAUCAGACUGAAGGCCUGCGCGCGAAGAUCGCGGCCGAAGACCGAGUUAUCAGUGACAAGAUCGCCGAAGUAAUUGCCCAAUGGAACGACGAAAAGCCAGUCUCUGGUACUAUCCCCCCAGACGAGGCAUCCCGAACCCUGAGCUCUUUCCAGUCUCGUCUUGAAUCUCUGCAAUCUGAGUUUGAGAUGGUGUCCAAGGCGAAAGAGGCACUCGAUCUCCCCGCAAGCAACGAGUCCUCUCUUCCUGCAAUCCUUGAGGAGGUUCAGGACUUCAUGUCUGUCUGGGCUGCCUUGUCGACUAUCUGGAAGAGCUUGAACGAUCUUCGAGAGGGCCUGUGGACCAGCGUGCAGCCCAGAAAGCUUCGCCAAGCCCUUGAUGGUUUGAUCAAGAUGACCAAGGAGAUGCCCAGCCGAAUGAGACAAUAUGCGGCAUUUGAACAUAUCCAAACUGUUCUGCGGCAACUACUGAAGGUUAACACCCUGAUGUCUGAUUUGAAGUCCGAGGCCAUCAAGGAGAGACACUGGCAGAAGAUCUACAAGUCUUUGAAGCCCGGCAAGCGCUUCUCUCUCGUUUCCCUUACUCUCGGCGAUGUCUGGGACUUGAACCCUGCGACCAGCGAGAGUGUCCUUCGCAACAUCAUUGCCCAGGCUCAGGGCGAAAUGGCCUUGGAAGAAUUCUUGAAGUCCGUGCGCGAGACCUGGCAGAAUUACUCCCUCGAUCUGGUUAACUAUCAGAGCAAAUGUCGUCUCAUUCGCGGUUUCGACGAUCUGUUCGCCAAGUGCAGUGAGAACUUGAACUCCCUGCAAGCCAUGAGACAUUCUCCUUACUACAAAGAAUUCGAGGAAGAAGCUACUUCUUGGGAGGAUAAGCUGAACCGCGUCCAUGUCCUCUUCGACGUCUGGAUUGAUGUCCAAAGACAAUGGGUUUACCUCGAGGGUGUCUUCACCGGCAAUGCUGACAUCAGGCAUCUUCUCCCUCUGGAAUCCAGCCGCUUUCAGAACAUCAACUCCGAGUUCUUCGCCGUGAUGAAGAAGGUCUACAAGUCUCCCUUCGUGCUAGAUGUUCUCGCCAUCAACGGAGUGCAAAAAUCCUUGGAGCGGUUGGCCGAGUUGCUGAACAAGAUCCAAAAGGCUCUCGGUGAAUACCUGGAGCGCGAGCGUGUCUCAUUCCCUCGGUUCUACUUUGUUGGUGAUGAAGACCUGCUAGAGAUCAUCGGUAACAGCAAUGACAUCUUCCGCGUUGCCAAGCAUUUCAAGAAGAUGUUUGCUGGCUUGUCUGGCCUUCUGAUGGAUGAUGACAACAACAUUGUUGGAUUCACCUCCAAGGAGGGCGAGGAAGUCCGACUGAAGCGGGAAGUCAACUUGGUCAAGACACCUCGGAUCAACGACUGGCUCUCCGCGCUCGAGAACAGCAUGAAGUUGACUCUGGCGGAGUUGCUUGGAGAGGCAGUCGAGCAGUUUGACACGCUCUACAAUGCCGCUGACGUCGACCGGACGGCUUUCAGCGACUUCCUUGCCAAUUAUCCCGCUCAGAUUGUCGUUCUCGCCAGUCAAGUUGUAUGGACCAAUGCUGUGCAAAAGUCCCUUGAAGAUGGCGGCUCAAAUCUCUCCACACUUUAUGAUGCGGAGGUUCGUGUUCUGGAACUUCUUGCCGCCACUGUGCUUGGCGAACUGGAUCCGAUCACCCGCAAGAAGUGCGAGCACAUGAUCACCGAAUUUGUGCACCAGCGCGACUGCAUUUCGAAGCUCAUUCAGUUCAAUGCCUCCACGCCCACCCACUAUAUCUGGCUGCUUCAGAUGCGCUAUGUCUACCAGCCAGAGGGUGACUUCUUGCAGCGCCUCUACGUCCACAUGGCUAAUGCCAAGCUCAACUAUGGAUUCGAGUAUCUGGGUGUGCCUGAGCGUCUUGUUCGCACACCACUCACGGACCGUUGUUUCCUCACUCUCACUCAGGCAUUGUGCCAAAGACUCGGCGGUUCGCCAUAUGGUCCAGCUGGUACCGGAAAGACAGAGUCCGUUAAAGCGCUCGGUCUGCAACUGGGUCGCUUUACUCUCGUGUUCUGCUGCGAUGACACGUUUGAUUUCCAGGCCAUGGGCCGCAUCUUCCUUGGUAUCUGCCAAGUUGGUGCUUGGGGCUGUUUCGACGAGUUCAACCGUCUGGAGGAAAGAAUUCUGUCUGCCGUGUCUCAGCAGAUCCAGAACAUCCAGAUUGGACUGAGAAAGAAGAGUGGUGACGAUGAGAAGUCUCAGAUCGAACUCGUCGGCCGACGACUUGCCGUCAAUUCCAACACCGGUAUUUUCAUCACCAUGAACCCUGGCUAUGCUGGACGUUCCAACUUGCCCGACAACCUCAAGAAGCUGUUCCGCAGCGUUGCCAUGUCCAAGCCCGAUAAAGAGCUUAUUACCGAGGUGAUGCUCUUCUCCCAGGGUUUCAAGCAGGCGAAACCUCUGUCCAAACAGACCGUGCCGUUCUUCGACCACUGUGCCUCGCAACUCACCAAGCAGGCCCACUACGAUUUUGGUCUACGUGCAUUGAAGAGUGUUCUUGUUAGUUCCGGUGGUCUCAAGCGUGCUCGUCUCGCCAGUGCCGGUGGUGAACUGGGCCCCGACGAGGUGAUCGAACCUCAGAUCAUCGUACAAAGUCUCCGAGAGACAAUCGCUCCCAAGCUGGUCCAAGAGGAUGUUGAUCGCAUGAUGGAGAUCCAAGUGGAGGAUUUCCCUGGCGUAGAAUACGUGCCUGCCAAUUUCGAGAAAUUGACCACAGCCAUGCGGGAAAUCGCUCAUGAACAGCACUAUGUUGAUAGCGAGAUGUGGAUCGCCAAGGCGCUCCAGCUAUACCAGAUCCAAAGCAUCCACCACGGUGUCAUGAUGGUUGGCAAGUCGGGCUCUGGUAAAUCAGCUGCGUGGAAGAUCCUUCUUCAGGCGAUGCAACGCAUUGAAGGCGUGGAGGGCGUCUCUCACAUCAUUGACUCCAAAGUCAUGUCCAAGGAGGCCCUCUAUGGUAAUCUCGACAGCACGACCCGCGAGUGGACGGACGGUCUCUUCACCGGUAUUCUCCGGAAGAUUGUUGACAACCUUCGUGGAGAGGACAGCAAGCGGCACUGGAUUGUGUUUGACGGUGACGUCGACCCUGAAUGGGUUGAGAACUUGAACAGUGUUCUGGACGACAACAAGCUCUUGACUCUCCCCAACGGAGAACGUCUCAAUUUGCCAUCCAACGUUCGCAUCAUGUUUGAGGUCGAAAGUCUCAAGUAUGCCACUCUCGCCACCGUCAGUCGUUGCGGUAUGGUCUGGUUCAACGCCGACACUGUCACGCCUUCGAUGAUGAUCACCAACUAUGUUGAAGGCCUUAAGACCAAAACGUUCGAAGACCUUGAUGAAGACAGCGCCCCUGCCGGAACAGCAGCGGCCAGAACUCAAGAUGCUCAGGAGAUGCUGUCGACCAUUCUCAAGCAACUCCUUGAGACCGACGACCUCGUUCACAAGUCUCUUGAAGAGGCCAAGAAAUACAAUCAUAUCAUGGAGUUCACCGACAUCCGUGCGCUCAACACUCUGUUCAGUUUGUUGAACAAGGCCUGCCGCAACGUCCUCGAGUACAACGUGCAGCACGUCGACUUCCCUCUCGAUCCUGAGCAGAUCGAAGCCUACAUCUCCAAAAAGCUUUUGCUCACUCUCAUUUGGUCUUUCACUGGCGACUGCCCGCUUGGUGAUCGCAAGGCAUUCGGACAAUUCGUCUCCGGCAUGUCAACAACCGAUCUCCCGCCGGACGGAGACUUCUCCCUCAUUGACUUUGACGUUACGCUUCCGAAGGCUGAGUGGGCGAGCUGGCAGUCUCAGGUGCCAACUAUCGAUAUCAACACGCACUCCGUCACUCAAACAGACGUGAUCAUUCCCACUGUUGACACCGUCAGACAUGAGGAUGUGCUUUACUCAUGGCUGGCCGAGCACAAGCCUCUCUUGCUCUGUGGUCCUCCUGGAUCCGGUAAAACAAUGACGCUGUUUGCCGCGCUAAGAAAGUUGCCAAACAUGGAGGUCGUCGGCCUCAACUUUUCCAGCGCCACCACCCCUGAUUUGUUGAUCAAGACCUUCGAGCAGUACUGCGAGUACAAGAAGACUCUAAAUGGCGUUGUUAUGUCUCCGAACCAGAUUGGUCGAUGGUUGGUCAUCUUCUGCGACGAAAUCAACCUUCCCGCGCCGGAUCGUUAUGGCACGCAACGGGCCAUCUCUUUCCUGCGACAGCUUGUUGAACAGAACGGUUUCUGGCGCACCACUGACAAGACUUGGGUCACGCUGGACCGCAUUCAGUUUGUUGGUGCUUGUAACCCUCCCACCGACGCCGGCCGUACCGCUAUGGGAGAGCGGUUCCUGCGUCAUGCCCCGUUGAUCAUGGUCGAUUACCCUGGAGAGCUCUCCCUGAACCAGAUCUACGGCACAUUCAACUCUGCUGUUCUCAAGAUUCUUCCAUUGUUGCGUGGUUAUUCCGAGGCUCUUACCAAGGCUAUGGUUCAGUUCUAUCUCGAAUCCCAAUCCAGAUUCACGCCGAAGAUCCAACCCCAUUACGUGUACUCGCCUCGUGAGCUUACGCGCUGGGUCCGCGGUGUCUACGAGGCAAUCAAGCCGCUCGAGAGCCUUUCAAUUGAAGGGCUGGUUCGAAUUUGGGCACACGAAGCCUUGCGUCUCUUCCAGGAUCGACUGGUGGCUGAAGACGAGAGAGCCUGGACGGCUGAUGCUGUUCGCCGCAUCGCUCUCGAACAUUUCCCCAGUAUUGAUGACGAAGCCGCCCUGAAGGGCCCGAUCCUGUUCUCGAAUUGGCUUUCCAAGAACUACGUGCCAGUGGAGCAAGAGCGCCUCCGCGAAUUUGUCAAAGCGCGCCUCAAGACUUUCUGUGAGGAAGAGGUGGACGUUCCUUUGGUGCUCUUCAAUGACGUCUUGGAGCAUGCACUGCGCAUUGAUCGUGUUUUCCGUCAGCCUCAGGGCCAUCUCAUCCUCAUUGGAGUCAGCGGAAGUGGAAAGACAACUUUGUCGCGCUUUGUCGCUUGGAUGAAUGGACUGAGGGUCUUCCAGAUCAAGGUGCACGGGAAGUACUCGUCGGAAGAUUUCGACGACGACUUGCGAAGCGUUCUCCGUCGGGCAGGCUGCAAGGGCGAGAAGAUCUGUUUCAUCAUGGACGAAUCCAAUGUGCUCGACUCUGGUUUCUUGGAGCGCAUGAACACCCUGCUCGCCAACGCUGAAGUACCCGGUCUCUUUGAAGGCGACGAAUUCUCUUCUCUCAUGACCGCCUGUAAAGAGGGUGCCCAGCGCCAGGGAUUACUUCUUGAUUCCCAGGAGGAGCUCUACAAGUGGUUCACUCAACAGAUUGUCAAGAACCUGCACGUAGUCUUCACCAUGAACCCACCGGAGGAAGGGCUGUCCUCCAAAGCAGCAACCAGUCCGGCCUUGUUCAACCGUUGCGUCCUUAACUGGAUGGGCGAUUGGUCUGACCAAGCCUUGUUUCAAGUCGGCUCCGAACUCACGCAGUCGGUCGACCUCGACAAAACCGGGUUUGUCGCGCCCGAUAGUAUCCCCGUGGCGUAUCGCGAACUGUCUCUACCGGCCUCGCACAGGGACACCGUUGUCAACUCGAUGGUCUUCAUUCAUCACUCGUUGCACCGGUUUAACCAGCGUCUGCAGAAGCAGCAGGGUCGGACAACAUAUCUCACGCCUCGGCACUACCUUGACUUUGUUGCACAGUAUGUGAAGCUGUUCAAUGAGAAGCGUGAGGAUCUAGAGGAACAGCAACGACACUUGAACGUUGGUCUCGAGAAGCUUCGAGACACCGUCGAUAAAGUCAGCGACUUGCGGGCUAGUCUUGCCCAGAAGAAGACACAGUUGGAGCAGAAGGAUAAGGAGGCGAACGAGAAGUUGCAGCGCAUGGUUGCUGACCAGCAAGAGGCGGAACAGCGGAAGCAGGUGUCGUUAGAGGUGCAGGCGGCACUGGAGAAGCAGGAGAAGGAAGUGGCAACGCGGAAAGAGGUUGUGUUGCACGAUUUGGCAAGGGCCGAGCCCGCGGUUUUGGAGGCUCAGAAGAGUGUGAGCAACAUUAAGCGACAGCAGCUCACCGAAGUCCGGUCCAUGGGCAAUCCUCCAUCCGGCGUUCGACUUGCCCUGGAAGCUGUGUGUACGCUGCUUGGUCACAAGGUUGACAGCUGGAAGACAAUCCAGGGUCUUGUGCGCCGGGAUGAUUUCAUUGCCAGCAUUGUGAACUACGACAACGAGCGCCAAAUGACUCGCAGCCACAGGACCAAGAUGCAGAGCGAAUUCCUUUCCAAGGAGGACUUUACAUACGAGCGUGUCAACCGCGCUAGCAAGGCCUGCGGUCCCCUGGUUCAAUGGGUUGAGGCUCAGGUCAAUUACUCCGAGAUUCUGGACCGUGUUGGACCUCUGCGCGAAGAGGUAGAUCAGCUGGAAGAACAAGCCCUGCAGACAAAAGCCGAGGCCCAAGCCAUCGAGAACACCAUUCAAGGCCUUGAGAGCAGCAUUGCCACCUACAAGGCCGAGUACGCUGCUUUGAUCAGUGAAACCCAGGCGAUCAAGACGGAGAUGUCUCGGGUCCAGUUCAAGGUCGACCGCAGUGUUCGUCUCCUCGACAGCCUAGCGUCUGAGCGUGAGCGAUGGGAGGAGGGCAGCAAGUCGUUCGAAACCCAGAUCAGCACUCUUGUCGGCGACGUUCUUAUCGCGGCUGCCUUCCUGGCCUACGCGGGUCUGUACGAUCAACAGUUCCGGAAGGCCAUGAUCGAGGACUGGGUGCAGCAACUUGGACAGUCAGGCAUCAACUUCAAGCCACACAACCCCAUCACAGAAUACUUGUCCAAUGCCGACGAACGCCUGACGUGGCAGGAGCACUCUCUUCCUGUGGACGAUCUCUGCACGGAGAACGCCAUUGUCCUGAAGCGGUUCAACCGAUACCCCUUGAUCGUCGACCCGUCUGGUCGUAUCACCGAGUUCUUGCAGAAGGAGAGCAAGGAUCGCAAGCUUACCGUCACGAGUUUCCUGGAUGACUCCUUUGUCAAGCAACUGGAGAGUGCUUUGCGUUUCGGAAACCCCAUUCUCAUCCAAGAUGCCGAGCACUUAGACCCGAUUCUCAACCAUGUUCUCAACAAGGAGUACCAGAAGACCGGUGGUCGCGUCCUGAUCCAGCUUGGAAAGCAGGAGAUCGAUUUCUCACCGUCCUUCCGGCUUUUCUUAUCCACGAGAGAUCCUUCCGCGACUUUCCCGCCGGAUGUCUGCAGUCGAACAACCUUUGUUAAUUUCACGGUCACCCAAAGCAGUUUGCAGACCCAGUCGCUUAAUGACGUGCUGAAGUUCGAGCGUCCCGAUGUCGAUGAGCGCCGCAACAACCUCGUCAAGAUGCAAGGAGAGUUCAAAGUCCACCUUCGCCAGCUUGAGAAGCGGCUGUUGCAGGCUCUCAACGAGUCUCGUGGCAAUAUCCUCGACGACGAUAAUGUUAUCGAAACACUCGAGACUCUCAAGAAAGAGGCUGCCGAAAUCUCCAAGAAGAUGGCCGAGACCGAGGGUGUCAUGUCCGAGGUGGAGCAUGUCACCAACCAGUACAGCAUCAUUGCCCGGGCUUGCAGUGCUGUCUUUGCCGUUCUGGAGCAGCUUCACCACAUGAACCAUUUUUACCAGUUCUCCCUGCAGUACUUUGUCGACAUUUUCAACUCUGUGCUCUAUCAGAACAAGCGUCUUGCUCAAGAGAAAGAUCAUACCACGCGUGUCCAGAUCAUCAUCCGAGAUCUGUUCAUCACUACGUUCCAGCGAACAUCCUUGGGUCUUGUCAACAAGGAUCGCAUCACCCUUGCCAUGCUUCUAGCCCAAGCCACUCCGUUCCCCAUGGACAGGACAAUCCUCGACCGUGUUCUCGAUCAGACAGUGGAAGACACAGACCUCUCGACUGCGACUGAUUCACGCGAACAAGUGAUGACCAAGUUGGAAAACACGUCGGUCUUCAAACAGCAUCUCCCCAACAUUACACAGGAUCAAUGGGAUCGGUUUUUCAGCGAAGAGCUUGCUGAAAACGCCGUGCCGGCUGUUUGGGAUGAGAGUACAUCGCAGCUCGAUCAGCUACUUCGAUCCUUGCUCUUGGUCAAGCUUUGCCGCAUGGACCGAUUUGUGCCCACUGCCGAGCGGUUCGUCGAGGCGGUGUUCGGCCGUGAACUCUUCGAGGGCAGUACCGAUUUGAAGGAUGUGGUCGACCAAGUCACGGCAACCACGCCCAUUUCCCUCUCCUCAAGCCCAGGUUUCGAUGCCAGUUUCAAGGUUGACGCGCUGGUCGAACGCACGCACGCGACUUGCGCCAACAUCGCCAUGGGUUCCAACGAAGGUCUCGAGAGCGCCGACAAGGCCAUCAGCAAUGCGGCCGCGGCCGGGAACUGGGUGCUGGUGAAGAACGUUCAUCUCGCUCCUCAAUGGCUGCAGAGCCUCGAAAAGAGACUGGAUACCCUCAAACCGCACAAGGAGUUCCGGCUCUUCCUCUCCAUGGAGUCCAGCCCCAAGAUCCCGGUCAACCUGAUCCGAGCUUCUCGGGUGCUGAUGUACGAACAGCCCGCGGGUGUUCGGGCCAACAUGAAGGACUCCCUGUCCUCGCUGACUACCAGAGCCAGCAAGGCUCCUGUCGAGAAGGCUCGUGUCUAUCUCUUGCUUUGCUUCUUCCAUGCCGUGGUCCAAGAACGACUACGUUACGCGCCUAAUCUCGGAUGGAAGGGUUUCUGGGAGUUCAAUGACAGUGACUACGAAUGCUCAGCCUAUAUUAUUGACCACUGGGUCGACACCGUCGCACAGGGCCGCUCCAACAUCGCGCCUUCCAAUCUUCCAUGGGAGAUGAUCCGCACCCUCAUCGCGGAGAUGUACGGCGGCAAGAUCGACGAUGCAGGUGACUUCCAACAACUCGAGAGUCUCGUGGGCAACUUCCUCACUCCCGCCGCCUUCGAAGACGAAUACAAGCUUGUCUCAGGCGUCGAGAAUGACGACCUCCUCGUGCUGCCCAGCGGCACAAGCGUCCGCGACUUCUCAGACUGGGUCAAUAACUUGCCAGAGCGUGAACCGCCGACGUACCUCGGUCUUCCUGCUAAUGCGGAGAAGCUGUUGCUGGUUGGGCAUGGCCGGAAGAUGAUUUCGGAUUUGUCGAGGGUUACUACUCUGCUUGAUGAAGGGGAGCAGUUGAUGGUGGAUAACUGA